UAUCAGUUUAACACUCAACUCGAGCAUCUAAAGACGAAUAAUGAAGUCUCUAUUAUUAUUCUCCGUAAUUUCGUUAUUCAAAGUUUUUCUUUUUACUGCAUUCGAUUUAUCUGAUUCAGUUGAUAUUCAAAGUCAAAUUACUAAACGUAAUAAUGACGAGUCUGGAGGAAAAAGAAAGAUUGAUUACCGGUUGCCGACAGUCAUCAUUCCCAAUUCAUACAUAAUUAGAAUACAUUCAUCUUUAGAUCCACUAAACAAUUUUUCAUUUACUGGAUUAGUUAAAAUUAAAACACAUGUUGUUGAGUCAACAAAUAAAAUCGUGCUACAUCAUGGUAAAGAUCUUAAAAUAAACACGUGUAAUAUUAUUAAUAAUGUGAAAACUCCAACAAUCGAAGACAAGAAUUAUGAUGAGAAAACAGAAAAACUUACAAUUAUUUUAAAUGAAACUCUAACAGUUAAUUCACCAACUGAUAUAGAAAUCUCGUAUACUGGAGUGUUAUCAAAAAAUACAAAAGGUUUUUAUGUAUCUUCCUACUAUUCAAAUCAGACUCAACAAUACAUAGCUGCAACACAAUUUCAAACUGUUUAUGCAAGACAGGCAUUUCCUUGUUUUGAUGAACCACAGCUAAGAGCAACUUUUUCUAUAAUCAUCCAAAGACCCCAAUCAUUCAAGAGUAUUAGCAAUACGCCAAUAAAAUAUACAACAAAUCUUGAUGUUAAUGAAGAAUCCGAUCAAUUUGAGGUCAGCAAGAAAUUAUCAACUUAUCAAGUUGCAUUUAUUAUAUCCAAUCUUCAAUGUGUAUCUGAUGCAAAUAUAAAUAUUUGGGCUCAACCUCAGGCUAUUGAAUAUUCAACGUAUGCCUUAAAUGUUAGUGUAAAAGCUCGAGAUUUUUUUACUCUGUUUUUUGCUGAAAGCUAUGAAUCAAAAUUAGAUAUUAUAGCAGUUCCUGAUAUGCUUUCUGAAGCAAUAGGAAAUUGGCGUCUCAUCACCUUUAAAGAGUCCAGAAUACUAUAUAAUCCUAAUUAUAAUGAUAUUGUUUCUAAGCAAGAAAUUACCUAUACAAUUGCCCAUCAAUUAGCUCUCCAGUGGUUUGGAAAUGUCGUCAGUCCUCAUUGGUGGAAAGAUAUAUGGCUAAGUGAAGGAUUCGCUCAAUACUUUCAAUAUGCUGCAGUAUCAAGUUUUGAACCAACAUGGGAUUCACAUAUGCAAGUAGUAAUAGAUCAGUUGCACAGAGCAUUUUCGGUUGACAGUUUGUUAUCAAGCCAUCCAAUAUCCAAUGACGUUCACAGUCCAAGUGAAAUCGAAAACAUGUUUGAUACAAUUACUUACAUGAAAAGUACAAGCAUUUUGCGAAUGAUAGAGAAAGUUUUUGGAGUUGAUAUUUUUUACAAAGCACUAAAUAAUUACUUAAUUGAUCGACAAAAUCAAAGUUCAAAACCUGAUGAUUUAUACAAAGCACUUCAAUAUCAAGUAGAUAUCUUAGGAAUCAAAUUACCUUAUCCUGUAAAAACUUUUAUAGAUUCUUGGAUAAUGCAAGCUGGAUUCCCUAUAAUUCAUGUUAAGAUUGAUAAAAGAAAAGCUGAGCUUUCACAAGAGAGAUUUUUACUCAAUAAUCUAAAUAAUAAUUCAACUAGCUAUUAUUGGCAUAUUCCUAUCACCUGGACCAAAAGUUCAAAUAUUAACUUUUCAAAUACAACUCCAAAAUAUUGGUUAAACAAACCAAAAGAUGUCAUCGACAUUGAAACAAUUAAUGAUGAUUGGAUAAUUUUUAAUGUUCAACAAACUGGUUAUUAUCGGGUGAAUUACGAUAAUGCUUCAUGGUCUCGAAUAAUUAAAAUACUCAAUGGAAAAAACUAUAAAAAUAUUCAUGAAAUAAAUCGUGCUGCAAUAAUUGAUGAUUUAUUUAACUUAGCACGAGGUGGAUACAUUGAUUAUAAUACAGUUUUAUCAGCUACACAGUACUUGGCUCAAGAAACCAAUUAUCUUCCAUGGAAAGCAGCCUUUAAUAAUUUUGAAUAUUUAUACAGAAAAUUGUCUAAUAAUUUUUUCUACACUUCAUUACUUGAACAACAUUAUUCAAAAAUUUUACUGCCAAUAUAUAAAACAUUUGGAUUAACUAUCAAUAACAAUACUAGUCACUUUGAUAAACUUUUACAAAUCAACGUAAUAGAUUGGGCAUGUAAAUUAAAUGUUUCGUCUUGUUUUCUGUAUGCCAUUCAAAAAUUUAAUGAUUGGAAAUACCAUGCAUUGAAAUCAGUUCCGGCAGAUCUUCGUAAAACGAUUUACUGUACGUCAAUAAAAUCAGGAGAUUCAGGGCAUUGGGAUUUUCUGUGGAAUAAAUAUUUACAAACCAAUAGCCACUAUGAAAAAGAAGUAAUUGUACAUUCACUGGGAUGCACAAUGGAUCGUAACAAAAUAAAUCAAUUUUUAACAAGUGCUAUUACUGAGGGUUCUGGAAUAAGCUUUCAAGAUAGUUUAAAUGUCUUCUCUUCAAUUUAUUGUUCAGGACCUUUAGGAACAAGUGAGACUCUAGAUUUUCUAUCUGCAAAUUAUAAAAAAGUAUGUAAUUAUUAUAAAGAUUAUGAUACAAUUAAAAGUAUAUUAAAAGGCCUGUCAUCUUAUUUGUUCACAGAAGAAUUAUUAUUAAAAUUUGAACAGUUUAUAAGAAUUCAUGGAAAACAUUUUCCAGCACUAGAAGAAACAUUAAAAUUAUACGCUACUCAAGCUCGUGAUGAUAUAAAAUCAUUCGAAAUCUAUCGACCGAGAAUUUAUCAAUGGUUGAAUGCUACGUAUUCUAAUGUAAAUUACCGCCUUCCAAAAAAUAUUAAUCCAAUUAAAUAUCAUGUUCAAUUAAUUCCUUACUUGAAACCAGGUAAUUUUACUUUUGAUGGAUAUGUAACUAUGACGUUAAAUGUGAUGGAAAGUACAUCAAGUAUUGUGUUACAUUCAAAUCAACUAAAUAUAUCAGAAAUAAAAGUGCAUUUGACAAACGCAAAUGAAUCUAUAGCUGUAUCUAAUUAUUCGUUCGGCUCAUUUCAUAAAUUAAUUAUCAAUUUAAAAAGUAUCAUUGAAGCUGAAUCACAAUUAAUUGUAUCUAUUAAAUAUUCUGGAAUUUUAAAUAAUAAAAUGGAAGGAUUUUAUCGUAGUUAUUAUGUAGCUGAUGAUAAUAGUGUUCACUGGUUAGCUACUACCCAAUUUCAAAAAUACGGAGCUCGACAAGCAUUUCCGUGCUUUGAUGAACCAGCUCUCAAAGCAAAAUUUAUAAUUAAUAUUAAAAGAUUAAAUCAUUAUAACUCUCUAAGUAACAUGAAUUUAAGUUCAUCAGUACCUGCUGAAGAUCCCAACUGGACUUGGGAUAUUUAUAAAGAAUCUGAAUUAAUGUCAACAUAUAUUGUGGCUUUUGUAGUAACAGAUUUUAAAUCUAUUCAAAAUCAAAAUGGUAGUUUUCGGAUUUGGUCUCGUCCAAAUGCACUUCGACAUGCAGCACACGCUUUUCAAAUUGGUCUUAACUCAUUGCAGUUUUUACAAAAUUAUACUGGCAUAUCUUAUCCUCUUGAAAAAAUUGAUAUGAUAGCAAUCCCAGAUUUCGCUAAUGGUGCGAUGGAAAACUGGGGCUUAAUCACAUUCAGAGAAUACGCACUACUUUCAGACAUAAAAUUAACUUCAACAUAUUUUAAAAGAUACAUGGAACUUACAAUCACACAUGAACUUGUACACAUGUGGUUUGGAAAUUUAGUUACUUGUGAAUGGUGGGAAUAUGUUUGGCUUAAUGAAGGAUUUGCUCAGUAUUUCGAAUGGUAUGUAAUGGAUGCUCUCCAACCACAGUCUAGGUUGAUGGAACAAUUUACGGUUUAUGAAUUGCAAACAGCAUUGCUAAAAGAUUCCUUUAUACACAUGAGACCAAUGAAUAAUAAAAUGACUGAUCUUUAUGAUGAUGGAAAAGAUUAUAGUUCUGUUGCUUAUGGAAAAUCUGCCAGUAUUAUUAGAAUGAUGCAACAUGCAUUUGGUAAAGAAACAUUUCAAAAAUCUCUUCAAUUUUAUUUGAAACAGAAUCAAUAUGGUACAAGCACACCAUCCCAAUUAUGGUUUUCAAUACAAACAAAAGUAUCUGAAGCAGGAAGUAUUCCAGGAACUGACGAAAAUGUAACAAUGUUGAUGGACUCAUGGGCAUCUCAACCAGGAUAUCCUUUGGUUCAAGUUAGUAGAGUUGGAAAAACAUUGAAUCUUUUUCAAGAACGAUUUUUCAUUACGGGAAACAAUAAGUCCCACGAGGAACUGUAUUGGAUUCCAAUUACAAUAGCAACUAAAUCAAAUCCAGAUUUUUCAAACACCUCAACUGACUUAUGGCUUGGAUCUAAAGGAAUAAGUGUUAACAUCUUGAAUGCAAAAGAUGAAUGGAUUAUUCUGAACGUUCAACAGACAGGAUUUUACCGUGUUAACUAUGAUAUUAACAUUUGGAAGUCAAUAAUGAAAGCAUUAAAUCAGACAUCGUUUGGAGGAAUUCCUGAGAUAAAUAGAGCUCAAAUUAUCGAUGAUCUUCUUAAUUUAGCAAGAGCUGAUUAUAUUUCAUAUGAUCUAGUGUUAACUGGAAUGCAAUAUUUUUCAAAUGAAACAAGCAAUUUACCAUGGAGAGCUCUUCUGAACGGUAUUUCGUUUUUAUACGACAGAUUUGAUGGUCAAGAUAUAGCGGCAGGCUUUAACAAAUAUUUAAUUAAGUUACUCUCACCUAUUUUCCAAAAAGUUGGUUUUCAAGAUCACAGAAAUGAUACUCAGCUUGAUAAAUUGAAUAGAAUUCUUAUUUUAUAUUGGACUUGUAAACUUGAGCAUUCUGAUUGUAUCGAUUGGUCUAAAAAAGAGUUUAAUGACUAUCGUGAAAACUUUAACAAAAUAUUAUCUCCAGACGUAAAGCUUGCAGUUUUUUGUACAGCUUUGAAGUACGGAGAUUAUAAUGACUGGCAAUUUUUAUGGCAACAAUAUCGAGCAUCAAACCUUGAAUCAGAAAAAGUUAUAAUUCUUCAAACUCUAGGAUGUUCACAUAAUAAAACAGCUAUCGAUAAGUAUUUAAACUAUAUCUUCUCUGUUAAUGACUCAAUACGUGAUCAGAAUGUUGCCUUGGCUUUUUCAUCAGUAUAUUCUUCUGGAAAAUUUGGAGUAGAUACUAGUCUCGACUUUUUAAUGAAAAAUUAUUCAACUGUAUAUAAAUAUUAUAAUAGUUGGAGUCCAGUUGGUGAACAAUUUAUAAAUAUUGCUUCAAAAAUAUCUACUUCUAGUCAACUUUCAAAGUUGAUUUUAUUCGCACAAAAUAAAAAAGAAGAACUACACGUCAUCAGGGAAAGUUUAAACCAAUCUAUUUUGAUAGCUUCAAAAAACAGACAGUGGUAUAAAAAUCAUUAUACGGAUAUUGAAAAUUGGUUAAUUAAUCAAAAAAUAAUUAUAUCUGGUAAUGAUAAUGACAAUUGUCCAGGUUCAGCAUUAUCUAUUUAUGUACAAAUUAACACUUUAACCAUCACAAUAACGCUGUAUAUUUUAUCCAUUUUCUUGUAAGUUAUCAUAAUAUUAAUUAUGUAAUUAUUUUAAGUCUAAUAAAUUAUUCCCUUAUUGAAACAUAUGCUAUUCGUAAUUUUAAUCGUUAGUUCAAAUACCCAAAUUUA